CCCAGCCGCGCACGAGAGUGGUCUUGCUACAUGGGCGCCGAGCUCUCCACCGCUAGGGUCAGCCGGCUCACGGCGCUCGGGUUCGACGUCGCGAGUGUCCGCGCGGCCCUCGAGGCGUGCGACGGUGACGUCGACCGCGCCGAGCAGCUCUUGCGGCAGGAGCGGGCGAGGAGAGAGACGGCGGCCAGAGGUGGUGGCGACGGCGGCGCAGAGGAGAUUGGAAGGGCAGUCAACAGCGUGCUUCGCGAGCAGCGGCCGUGGAGCGAGUUUGGGGAGCGCUUCCUCUGGCCGGAGCACCCGCGGGAGAGGAUGCUGACCAACCUGGUCUACUACCGCGCGAACUAUCUCAUCCUGUGCGUGGCGGCGACACUCGUCGCGAUGCUGCUCGUCCCGCAGCUACUCUUCACCGCCGGCCUCGUCGCGAUGACGUUCGGCGGCGCCGUGGCUCUCGGCAACACGCCCGUGCCCCACAUCGGCCCCCUGCAGCUCGAACAGGCGCGCGGUGGCGGGGCGAGGGCGUGAUACUUGGGUGGGCGGGCGGAACUUCCGCACACGGCCUCUGCCACGCGCCACCUCCCGCGACCGCCGGCUCACUCCUCCGCCCCCCCCCUCCCGCCGCAGCGCCUCUCCCUCGCCACCGUGCCAGCCGCCUGGCUGCUCAACUCGUCGGGCUGCGCCGGCGCGCUCCUCCGCCUCGCCGCCGUCUGCGGCGGGAUGGUGCGCUGUCCGGACCCUCGCCCCGCGCCUCUCGCCGCCCUCUUACCGCCUCUUCUCCCGCGCCCCCAGGUGCUGGCGCACGCGCUGCUGCGCGCCCGCUCCUUAUCGAGCCGGUGGCGCUACUUGCACGAGCAGUUCAAGGGGCAGGGCUAGGGGCUAGGGGUGAGGCUCGCUCGAGGGCCCGCACGCCGGUGCGCCGCUCUUCUCUCGCGCUCUCUCUCGCACGCGCGCCCGCUCCUGUCGUCAUGUGUCGUUUGGUGCCGAGGCGGGGGUGGCCUGCUCGCGCUAGAGUAUGCCACGUGGGCGCGAGUCCUAGAGCCGGCCCCGCCGCGAGACCGAGUCGUUCUACUGAAAAUUGUGGUUUUGAGUGGCGUUGUAGUGGCUGAGGAGACAUGUACAGUUC